AUGUCCCUUCCAGAAAACCCCUUAAAGGAGCCUAGUAACGAGGACUAUACAGCCACUGAUUCCAGUGAAGCAGAAAGCGACUCUCUGCCUCUGUUAAAGGACAUCCACCGCGAUGACGAGGACGCUCCUGAUCAGCCUGCUUUCAUUGCUGCAGGAGACAAGGAUUUACAUCCGUGGGCAGAGGUAAAACAAGAGGUUGACCCUAAUCUUACUAUCGCAGAUUUUCACGAGUUUCUUGAAUUUUGGGAGGAACUGGAUUUCUUUGACUCUGAAGAUGAGCCGGAUGACCCAGGAGAUUUAAAUUCUACUGACUUUUUAAAUUAUCAAGCUUAAAUUUAUUUUACUUAAUAUCUUACUUACGAAUUUACGUUUGCUGUAGUUCUAAUUCUGUAUAUCUAUGCUACUUUAGUUGGCGUUUUCGGUAACAUGCAGUACAUGUCAAUGCGCUGUCCAGGUAUUGUUACUCGUAGCCAAUCUGGUUUGUCACGGGGAUUGCAAGUCCCCACUUAUCAAAGAGCUUAGCACCUCUAAACGACAAUCGAGUGAUUCCGAAACAAGCGAU